UUUCAAUAUUCAAUGACAGCUCAUUAUUCCAUUUUUCUCAUCGUCAGAUUUCAGAUCGCACUUUUUUUGUAUCUUGGAUAUCUGAAAUCUGAAUCCAGAAUCUGGAUCUGGAAUCUGGAUGUCUGCCAAUACCCAGUCUUCCUGUCUGGAUUUUGGAUUUCUGAAUUUGUAGCUUGAUUUUAUCUGUGUUUUGAGUGUUGGUGUUUGUAGUCGGUUGAUUAUAUUCUGAGAGAAACUUGGAUUUUGUAUUGGAUACUAUGUGACUGGAUUGUUCAAAUUGCUUGGAUUGAAAGUAUUCAGAGUUGUAAUGGACCUGAGAGAAAAUGGGUCCCUGGCUGCCCUUGAAAACCUUAUUGAGGAGUUUUUCAAUCCCAUGACCAAUAACAAUAGGAAACAUGAAAUAGAGUCACAAUUAAAUUAUUUCAAGACUCUACCAUGCCUUUCAAACUACUGUGUUUAUUUCAUCAUGAAUACUACCAGUCAGUAUGUAAAAAUGUUUGCCUUAUGUACACUAGAGACUGUGAUAACUCAGCAGUGGUCCAAUAUUGAGUGGUCUUCAAAAGAAGAAGUUAAAAACACAAUCCAGAAUUGUUUUGUAGAACAAGGGCUUAUAUCUCCCCAUUAUCUGAGACAUAAAUAUUCCAAGUUACUCAUAGAAAUAGCAAGACAUGACUGGCCAGGUUUUUAUCCAAAUUUUUUCAAUAACAUUGUGGAGUUACUGAAAACAGAUGGGAAUCAACUGAUAGGUCUUGUUUUAUUGAGAAUGACUAGUGAAGAAUUCAUGGGAAUACAGGCUAUGUUCAAAGAUUCUGAUAGAAAACAAGAAAUUGUAAGACUGCUCCACCAACACAUUCCAGAAGUACUUGAAAUACUUGAAAACAUUCUAGAAAACCUAGGAUCCAAACCCCGCCACACGUCGACCGCCACCCCGCCCCCCUCGCCCGCCCAUCCGUCGUCCUCGCCGCCGCCCGCGGUGCAGCCGGCUGCCCACUCGGGCACGGGCGGCCCCUUCCGCAGGAUCGACGACAAGGCGCUGGCCAAGGAGGCGCUGCAAACGGUGCAGCACCUGUUCACCUGGGUGCCCUUCCAGAUCAUCCCGAGGCGCAUGAUCGAGGCGGUGUUCGGGUUCACCAUCGUGUCUUCUUAUUCGCAGGACGAUGAUGAUAUGUGUGUACUAGCAAUGUCUACACUCAAUGAACUUCUGUACAGAAAAUGCAUUCCUCCCGAAAGCCAUGAGUUUUUUGUCCAGCUAUACCAUCAAAUCAUGGGUUGGUUAAGGGAACUAACUAGUUCUUCUAACAGGAUAGAUACUAUGGACCCUGCGUUCAUGGAAAAAUUGUCCGAACUGCUGAUACUUAUGAUCGAACAUCACAUGUGGCGUCUUGAAUCGGACCCAGAAUUCACAAUGGUAGAAUUCUUAUCGCCGCUUUUUCAGCUUACUAUGCAGUUCACGGUAGUUCAAAGUUACUUAUGUUGUUUGUCUGUAUGGGCAGCUUUUAUGAAACAGAUGAAGCAACAAAAUGUGAAAAAAUAUUCUGAAGUAUUUGUUGGACUUAUCACUGCCCUUUUGAAGAAAUUCCAAUUCACAUAUAAUUCUAGUCAACUUAAUUUAAUAGAUGAUAAACUUUUGGAUGAAGAUAAUCAGACUGAAUGGCAGGUUUUUUUUAAAUCAACUGUGGAAGUGAUCGCCAUGGUUGCCGAAUUUUCGCCGCAUGAUACAUUCAGUUUGGUGAUAGCACCAUGGAAAAUUUGCUAUGAUAUUUUUAGAAAUAUGGAACAUGCGGUAGAUUAUCAAACUCAGACUCUGAAAUUUCAAAUAUCUGAGACCGAGAAACUGGGUUAUGUUCUGAAAGACUUUUCAUCGCUCACUCAAACCCUUACAAGGUUGGCAUCUGUAUACAUCGAUUCAGAUAGUGAGAAUCAGGGCCAAUUAUCUAUGCCAAUCAUGAAUAGUUUAUUCGAAAAAAUAUUGGAAUGUGCCUCAAUAAUCAAUAAAGUCAGAUUUUAUGAUCUGAAAAUUGGCGAUUCGAGGAUAACUGAGUGUUUCAUAGAAAUUCACGGUCAACUGCUAGCCGCCCUCAAAACCCUCCUCGUCCGGACCACCCGCAAGAACGACAACAUCGAAAACAUCGACCCCCUUCUCGACCUCACACUUCCCCUUCUUCGAAGCCGCCCUGCCGCGCCGCCCAGGAUCGCUCACUCGGCCGCCCACCUCUUCCUCGGCCUCAGCGACGCGGCGUUCGCGCCCCACGUGGUCGUGUUGCCGCAGGUUGGGCAGUUCGUAGCCGAGGCGCCCAUGUUGAGGUUCGCCGAUGCGGACACGGCGAGUGUCGUCUGCAAGGCUGUGAGCAAUCUGCUGCUGAAGUCGUGGGGGAAUCUGAGUCAGGCGGACAGCGAGCAGAGGUCGGCGAUGGUCAAUACGUUCUUCGACAGGCUCACCAAUGAUUUUCGAUCGCUUUCUCCUAUCACUCCCGAAGAGAGCGUGAGAACCGUGGUGGAACGCACUCUACCCUCUCUCUCUAUCAUCACGGAAAACUGCCAGAACCUACCGAUGGCGUCGAAAAAAUUGAUGGCCGCCGCUAUCAGGCCCACCGUGCAGCACGCCCUCUAUCUCUUUCCUACGUUCGUGCGGUACAAAGAGAUAAGCAAUCACAUUCUGAUAUUCUUUUUGAACGUGAUGGGCGUGCUGCAGCAGCAGCUGGGCGUCGAGGAUACUAAGAAUGCCGUACAAGUUUUCCUACAGGUGACGAUGAACGAGCACCAGGAAGGCACGAUGACCAGCCUGGACAAGCUCGUCCAGAUCCUGCAGCUGGUCGUGGAGGCGCCUGGCAAUGCCUGGAAGACGUUCCUGCCGGGCGUCCUGCAGCUGUGCAUGGAGAGCGUGUAUCCGUUGGUGGUGUCGCAAGCAGGAAACUGCCCGGACGUGUUUGCCGCUCUGUUGGCGUUAUUGUACAGAAUUUUAUUACACCGUUGGCAGUAUUUCUACGUUUCCCAAGUGAGGUUAGGUUAUUCGCCGGGCUGCAGCGAUUCCGAAAUAGGUCCUGACCAUCCUCAGAAACCCGAACAGCUCCUGGCCAUCCUGCAGGUGUUUGGGCAAGCGUUGCUGCAGCAGGACAUGAACAUAUUCAGGUUGAGUCUGGUGGCUCUCGAAGAUCUCAACGGGAAAUGGAAAUUGUACCAUAAGGCAAUCUUCCGCAAUAAUCUCCUCUCGGAGUUCCUCACGGUCCUCAUCAAAUGUCUUCUGGAUAAAUCGCAAUCCUCGCUCUCCGAAGACAUCCAAGUGGUCGUCUACAACAUGGCGGCCGUGAAUUUCGACGAGUUUUUCUCCGCGUUCCUCGUCCGCUUCGUACAAAACAUGGAAGGAGUCACGCCUCAACAAUGCGAGAUUUUGCUGAGGAAUUUCGUACACAAUCAUGAUAAGGAUUUGCCGACUUUUGUAAAUAAUUUACAAAAUUUUGUGAAAGAAGCUCAACACUACAGGAUGUGCAAUAUGAGUUCCUCUAACCAUGAUCACUGAUAGAAUUUUAAAUAUAAUUAUUUAUUGCUAAUUUAAUUAAGUUUAACCUUUUUUAUAUUGUGAAUAAAGUGUAUUUUAUAAUCCUUCAAUUCUAUUUUUUAUACUGUAGACACAUUUUCCAUCUGUGGAAGUAUGCAAGUUCAAAACUAAGUAAAUACUUUGAAUACUUAUUACCAUAAUCACUGGUUGACUAAAAAUGCAUUAUAGGAAACCACAAACAUAUAAUUUUUACAAAAAUUGUUACAAUAUAUUACAGGCUCUUACUGAAAACUCACAACUCCAUUCAAAAAAAAUUCAGUACAAUAAUUAAACCAAGAUCAAAAACAUUUUCAGAUACCUAUUUCCAUAACAAGGCAAGGUCUUCACUUUGAACUAAUUUUUCUUGCAUAUAUCCUUGAGACCAGUUCAUAGAAAAAUAUGAUUUCUAAUGAUUUGUUGAAGAGGUACUAACUGUUAUUCAAUCAAUUUUUUUGCCUUGAAAUAUGUUCUCAAAUAAAGAACUUGCCAUGUUGCCAAACCUAAUAGACAGCACAUUGAAAAGAUGGAGAAGUACAAUACUCUGCUGUUUG